AACUGCGCAUGCGGAGCCAACGUAGACACGCCGCGCCGGCCCUCCCACUUUUUCGUCGGAAUGUUCUUCCUCUAAUCCCCCUUUUCCGGACCCAAAAAUCGAUGUUGUUCCCAUGAUCGAUCGCUGGCAAUCCAUGCACGGAAUCGAUUUGGCGGCGGCGGCGGCGGAGAGGGGUAGUGUUGUAUGGGCGCCGCGCCUAAAAAAUCUGAUCUUUAGGGGUUGUCCGCCCCUUAAACUCGGAUCUGACCUCCCCGAAGAUGAGUUGCUUCCGGUGCUUCGAAUCGAGGCGGGGAGAGGCGCUCAAUCAGGGGAGUCGGAAAGAUGAUGCGCGGGAAGAGCACCCCAUGGUCCCUCGUCACGCCCAUGGAGUGUCUACUGGAGCUAAUAGUGUUAACCCUAGAAGCAAUACAGGAUCUAAGAAGGAUGCACGGAUAGAAAAGGAACUGUCCCGUGCCACCAUUUCAGCACACACAUUUACCUUCCGGGAACUUGCAGCAGCGACUAAAAACUUCAGAGAUGAGUAUUUUCUUGGAGAAGGUGGGUUUGGCUGUGUGUACAAAGGCCAACUUGAGAGCACUGGUCAGGUUUAUUUUGUUGAAGUCUAGUUGUUCAAUUCUGUUGGCAGAUCGUGGCUGUUAAGCAGUUAGAUAGAAAUGGACUUCAGGGAAAUAGAGAAUUUCUCGUGGAGGUCUUGAUGCUCAGUCUAUUGCAUCACCAAAAUCUUGUAAAUCUUGUAGGUUACUGUGCUGAUGGAGAUCAAAGGCUUCUUGUUUAUGAAUUUAUGCCAUUAGGAUCAUUGGAAGAUCAUUUACUUGAUCUCCCUCCUGACAAGGAACCACUGGACUGGAAUACAAGGAUGAAAAUUGCUGCAGGUGCAGCCAAGGGGUUGGAGUAUCUGCAUGAUAAAGCUAACCCCCCAGUCAUUUAUAGGGAUUUCAAAUCUUCCAACGUUCUAUUGGGUGAGGGUUUUCACCCAAAGCUGUCAGACUUUGGUCUAGCAAAGCUUGGUCCUACUGGUGAUAAAUCACAUGUUUCAACAAGAGUGAUGGGCACCUAUGGUUAUUGUGCUCCAGAGUAUGCUAUGACAGGGCAGCUGACAGUGAAAUCUGAUGUUUAUAGUUUUGGAGUUGUUCUUCUUGAAUUGAUAACUGGGCGAAAUGCAAUUGAUAGCACAAAACCCCAUGGUGAACAAAACCUCGUUCCAUGGGUGAGGCCCAUGUUCAACGAUAGAAGGAAACUCCCAAGGCUAGCUGACCCCAAGCUGCAAGGCAGGUUCCCUAUGCGCGGUCUCUACCAAGCACUUGCUACAGCCUCAAUGUGCAUCCAAGAACAAGCCGCCAAUCGUCCUCCCAUUGCGGAUGUUGUAACUGCUCUCUCCUACUUGGCAAACCAAGCUUAUGAUCCCGAUUCUUCACCUUCCUCCAGUAACAAAUCUGGAGGCGGAAAAAUCAACACAAAGAAGGAUCAGGGGGGAGCUUCUGGCCAGAAAUGGCAGCCUGAACGAUCCAAGAAAGACGACUCACCAAGAGAAAUAAUUGGCCUCUUGAAGAAGGAUCUUGAUCGAGAACAAGCCGUGGCAGAAGCAAAAUUAUGGGGAGAGAAUUGGCGGGAGAAGAUACGCGUGAAUGCGUGCAAUAUUACAAAUGCAAAUAGCUGAAAGCGAACACUUUUCUUACUUUUUCAGAGAAGCAAGUGUUCAUGAACAAGUUAGCAUAUCCUUCUUACUUUUUGAUCCCUGUUUCAUGGAAGAGAAACAAGUGGUCUGUUUACGAAAGUCAGGUAAGGAUAUGUGGCCAUUGACGAGGCAAGACAAGAACUCCAAUGCCAAUCGCUUCGAGCCAAAUUUUGUAACGAAAGCAAAAUGUAUCUGACAUGAUAAUUUCUGCCAAGUUUUCUGAAAUUCAAAUUAUUAUAAUUUCUGCCAAA